GUCUCGGCCGCCGCCGCCUGUGCAGCCGCCGCCGCCGCCGCCGCCGCCGCUGCUGCCGCCCCGGCUGCCGCGCCGCGCCACUGCCACUGCCUCGCUCGCCCCCGCCUCUGCUGUCGCCACCCGCCCGCAGCCUGCCAGGCGGGCGGCCCAGCCGGCCCCAGCUCCAAGCGGCCGCCACCGCAGCCCGGACGCGCUGGGCACGCGGGCAGCCGCGGAGCGAGUGGACCAGAGCGGGAGGUCAGGCUCUUGCCUGCCCGGUGCCAUCGCUUCCGCCACUGCCGCCGCCACUGCUCCGGAGCGCAGGACCAGGUACCCCGGGCGCCCGCCGCUGCCUCUAAUGAGGCCCCAGCACUUUUAACCGGGCAGGAGGGCCAGAGAGCCGCGCCGCCGACCGCAGCCAGAAAGCCGCGCAGCUCAGAGCCGCGCCGACUUGCAGCAAGCAGGGACAGACGGCCGCUAGCCGCCGCCGCCCCGCCGCUAUGGAUCUAUUCGACUUUUUCAGGGAUUGGGACUUGGAGCAGCAGUGUCACUAUGAACAAGACCGUAAUGCACUUAAAAAAAGGGAAUGGGAACGAAGGAGUCAAGAAGUUCAACAAGAAGAAGAUCUCUUUUCUUCAGGCUUUGAUCUUUUUGGGGAGCCCUACAAGGUAGCUGAAUAUACAAACAAAGGGGAUGCCCUUGCCAACCGAGUCCAGAACACUCUUGGAAGUUAUGAUGAAAUGAAGGAUCUGCUAUCUAACCAUUCCAGCCAGAAUCAUCUAGUGGGCAUCCCAAAGAAUCCAGUGCCCCAAACGCCAAUCAAUAAAAGUGAAGCAAGCUUUUAUCCAGAACAAAAGAAUCGAAUGAUCCCAUCUCAUCAGGAGAAUAUCCACUCCUCAGCACCGAUGCCUCCACCUUCAGUUGUGAUACUGAAUUCCACUCUAAUACACAGCAACAGAAAAUCAAAAUCUGAGUGGCCACGAGAUAAUCUCAAUACAAGCCCUGCACAAGCAAGCCAGGUCAGCAGUCAACCAAACAAGAUGCAGACAGCCACACAAGACCCACCUCAAACCCGAUUGGAAGACUUCUUUGUCUACCCAGCUGAGCAACCCCAAAUUGGUACAGUUGAAAAAUCUAACCCAUCUGCAAAGGAAGAUAAUAACCCUAAUUCGGGUGGAGAAGAUGCUUUCAAAGAAAUCUUUCAGUCUAAUUCACCAGAAGAAUCUGAAUUUACAGUGCAAGCGCCUGGGUCUCCCUUAGUUGCCUCAUCUUUAUUAGCUCCCAGCAGUGGCCUUUCUGUUCCAACAUUCCCACCAGGGCUUUACUGCAAAACAAGCUUGGGACAACAAAAACCGACUGCAUAUGUAAGACCCAUGGAUGGGCAGGACCAGGCAACUGACAUCUCUCCAACACUGAAGCCUUCCAUUGAAUUUGAGAACAGUUUUGGAAACCUCUCUUUUGGAUCACUGUUGGAUGGGAAACCCAGUGUAACCAGUUCAAAGACCAAACUGCCAAAGUUCACAAUCCUGCAAACAAGUGAAGUAAGCCUUACCAGCGACCCAAGCUGUGUUGAGGAAAUCUUGCGGGAAUCUCAGCAUCUGACUCCAGGAUUCACCUUACAAAAGUGGAGUGAUCCAAGCAGCAGAGCCUCCACAAAGAUGCUUGAGGAUGACUUGAAGCUGAGCAGUGAUGAAGAUGACCUUGAGCCUGUGAAGACCUUGACCACACAGUGCACAGCCAAUGAGCUCUACCAGGCUGUUGAAAAGGCAAAACCUAAGAAUAAUCCUGUGAACUCACUCUUGGCCACACCACAGCCUAUACCUGCAGCGCAAGCCAAUGUGGGAUCUGGCAGUUCCAGUGAAUCAGAGAGUAGCUCGGAAUCAGAUUCAGACACUGAAAGCAGCACCACUGACAGCGAAUCCAAUGAGGCUCCUAGAGUGACUACUCCAGAGCCUGAACCACCCUCAACCAACAAAUGGCAGCUAGACAAAUGGCUGAACAAAGUCACAUCCCAGAACAAGUCAUUUAUUUGUGGCCAAAACGAGACACCCACAGAGACCAUUUCUCUGCCUCCUCCAAUAAUACAACCAGUGGAGGUCCAGGUCAAAGUGAAACCAAACCCUAGCCAUGCUGUGGCUGUACCCAAAGAAAGGCCUCUCCUCAGUUUUGUCAGGGAGAAAGCUCGACCAAGGCCCACACAGAAAACCUCAGAAACAAAGGCCUUGAAGCAUAAGUUGUCAACAUCAGUUGACACAGUUUCUCAAAGGACAAUUGGAAAGAAGCAGCCCAAGAAAGUUGAGAAAAAUACCAGCUUUGAGGAGUUUACCUGGCCCAAACCAAAUAUUACCAGCAGCACUCCCAAAGAAAAAGAAAGCGUGGAGCUUCCUGAGCCACCACGAAGCCGCAACAAAGCUACUGCCCACAAACCAGUGCCUAGGAAAGAGCCACGGCCUCAUGUUCCUCUGGCCACUGAAAAGAAGAAGUAUAGAGGGCCUGGGAAGAUUGCCCCCAAGUCCCGAGAAUUCAUUGAAACAGAUUCAUCUACAUCUGACUCCAACACAGACCAGGAAGAGACCCUGCAGAUCAAAGUACUGCCACCUUGCAUUGCUCUGGGAGGUAAUACUUCUAAAUCCAAGGAAACUUCUAAUGCCAGCCUGACACUUAGUACUUUGACCAGCAGCAACACCAAUAACAACAGCAACAACACCUUAUCCACCAGCAAUGAGGACACAGUUUUUUCACCACCUCCUGCCAUGCAAACUGAGCUUUUGUCCCCUCUACGGGAUCAUGAAAAUCCAAAAAACCUCUGGGUGAAGAUUGACCUCAACUUACUUUCUAGAGUACCUGGCCAAAAUUCAGUCCCAGCAGCACCUGCAAAAACAGACCACAAGGAGACUGCCUCUAAACCCAAGCGUCAAACUGCUGCCAUGGUUGUGGAAAAACCAGCCCCUAAGGGCAAGCGUAAGCACAAGCCAACAGAAGCAGCAGAGAAAAUCCCUGAGAAGAAGCAACGCCUGGAAGACAACACUACUAUCUGCCUGCUUCCCCCUUGCAUCUCACCAGCCCCAUCCCACAAGCCUCCUAGCACUAGAGAAAAUUCAUCCAGGAGAACAAACAGGAAAAAAGAAGAAAAGCUGUUUCUUCCUGCACUUUCCCCACUGGCAGACGACCCUCCAAGUCGCAGAAAUGUCAGUGGCAACAAUGGGCUCUUCAGUCAAGACAAAAACAUCUCUAUGGCUGGACAAAAUACCUCUACCAAACCUAAAAGAAGUGAAGGCAAAUUCUGUGCUACUUUCAAAGGGAUAUCAAUAAAUGAGGGAGAUGCUCCAAAAAAGGCUGCCUCUGCCACCGUUACUGUCCCCAAUAUGGCUAUUGCCACUGCUACUGCCACUGCCACUGCUCCUGCCAUUGUCACUGCCACUGUCACAGCUACUGCCACCACCACUGCCACAGCUACCACCACAACCACCACCACUACUAUUUCUAGCAUCACCCCUACAAUCACUUCUGGCCUUAUGGAUAGCAGUCACCUGGAGAUGACAUCCUGGGCAGCACUGCCCCUCCUGUCCAGCAGUAGCACCAAUGUCCGGAGACCAAAGCUCACUUUUGAUGACUCUGUUCACAAUGCUGAUUUUUACAUGCAAGAGGCUAAGAAGCUGAAACACAAAGCUGAUGCACUGUUUGAGAAAUUUGGCAAAGCUGUGAAUUAUGCAGACGCAGCCUUGUCCUUCACUGAAUGUGGCAAUGCUAUGGAACGUGAUCCACUGGAAGCAAAGUCUCCAUAUACCAUGUAUUCUGAGACUGUGGAGCUCCUCAGGUAUGCAAUGAGACUGAAGAACUUUGCGAGCCCCUUGGCAUCUGAUGGGGACAAAAAGCUAGCAGUAUUAUGCUACCGAUGCUUGUCACUUCUAUAUUUGAGGAUGUUUAAACUGAAGAAGGACCAUGCUAUGAAGUACUCCAGAUCACUGAUGGAAUAUUUUAAGCAAAAUGCUUCAAAAGUUGCUCAGAUACCAUCUCCUUGGAUAGGCAAUGGAAAGAAUACUCCAUCUCCAGUAUCUCUCAACAAUGUCUCUCCCAUCAACUCAAUGGGGAAUUGUAACAAUGGCCCUGUCACCAUUCCCCAGCGCAUCCACCACAUGGCUGCUAGCCAUGUGAAUAUUACCAGUAAUGUGCUUCGGGGCUAUGAACACUGGGAUAUGGCUGACAAACUGACAAGAGACAAUAAAGAAUUCUUUGGUGAUCUGGAUACAUUGAUGGGGCCUCUGACCCAGCACAGCAGCAUGACCAAUCUUGUUCGCUACGUUCGCCAGGGACUGUGUUGGCUGCGCAUCGAUGCUCAUUUGUUGUAGUGGGCACUCUGCCAUCUCUCGAAUCAGCACUCAUCCCUCUACCUUUACCAGUGCCUUGAGGGUCACUGGUGGAACUCCACUCAUUUGGGAAAGUUCUCUUUCAUUAUGUUUGUUUUUAUGCAUUUUUGAUAUCUGUGAAAAACUGAACUCAUUGUAAGUGGACACUACAACUUGAGAGAAGUGUAUGUUUUAUUUUUUAAUAUUGAUAUGCA